AUGUCAACAAAUGAUAAACCGACAGUGCUUAUUGUAGGAGCAGGGUUGGGAGGACUCAUGCUUGGCGCCCUCCUCGAACAGUCAGGCGUGCCAUACAUCAUUUUCGAGCGAUCCUCUUCCCUCAAACCGUUGGGUUCUGCAAUGGCAGUGGGGCCAACUCUUCUGCCAAUUUUCCAGCAACUGGGCAUCUACGAAGAGUUCAUCUCGAUCGGAAAGUACCUCACUCACAUCCCAAGCUUCAAGGAAUCCAACGAGAUCUUGUGCCCUCUGGGGGCCACCGACUUUCGACCCAUCGAGGAAUUCACGGGAUAUGGGCAAUACAUCGUUGCACGACCACAGCUCCACGAACUCCUCUUCAAACAAGUCCCAGCGCACAAGAUCCAUCUCGGCAAACGCGUGCUCAACAUAUCGGAGGAGGACGAUAAGGUGACCGUUCACCUGUCCAACAACAAAACCUUUGAGGGCGAUAUCAUUGUUGGCGCUGAUGGAGCCUACAGCGCAGUCCGGCAGCGCAUGUAUGAGCAGUUGAAAGUCGAGGGCAAGUUGCCAAAGAGUGACCAGGAAGAGUUACCGUUCAGUUGUACCUGCCUAGUAGGGCAGACGAGGGUGUUGGAACCGAAGGAGUUUCCGAUUGUGGAGGAAGAGAAGUGCCAGGUUGUUUCUAUCCUCAGCGACAACAAGCCCUUCACGCUCGACAAAACCACCAGCAAAGCCGGCCUCGAACAGCGCUUCAGAAACAGUGAGAACUCUGGAGAAUGGGGAGCCAUCCCAGCUUUGACGAUGUGCGAUGAAACGAAAGCGUUUCCGAUCCUAUUGAAUGGCGAGAUGAAGACCAUGGGCGAUAUAUAUGACCUGACACCCAAAGACAUGAUUUCAAAGGUCAUGUUGGAAGAGAAGAUGUUCAAGACAUGGUACUACGGUCGGACUGUUCUCCUAGGCGAUGCAUGCCAUAAGCUGAACCCUUCAGGAGGCCAUGGCGCGGUGACAGCACUACACGACGCAAUCGCACUCGCCAACCUCCUGUACGCAAUGCCUACAUCCACAUCCUCCGACCUCACAGGAAUCUUUGAAGAGUACCAGAAGGAGCGAUACCCGGCCGUCAUGGAAUCCUACAACAAUAGUCGGUUUGUUGCAAAAGUGUCUGACCGCGGGAUCAUUGGCAGGAUUGUCCUUUACCUCAUCACAGAAAUGCCCAUGUGGUUGUGGCGACUCGCCCAUGCAUUGAAAUAG